GCUGAAGAAGAGGCCAGGAAAAAGGCUGAAGAAGAGGCCAGGAAAAAGGCUGAAGAAGAGGCUAGGCGUAAUACCGAAGAGACCAGGAGGCGUUCGAAUGGUUAUAGGGUAAGAGUGUCUUCGGAUUCUUUAUCAUAUAAUACGCUUCCCAGGGACGGACUAGUUAGUUUUUCUACCCAAGGGACUCGUAAUGCUGCAGAAGAAAAUAGAAAUGGACGAAUGGGUUCUCCUAAUUCUGUAGACAGUGAACACCGUGUACAUCUUAAUUUGGUCCCUGACGUUAUUGGUGUGGCAGCGAGACAAGAGAGAAGUGUUGAUGCAGAGCAACACACCCCAGGAGAAGUGGCCCAUCGCUUGGCUGCUGCUGCGGAGAAUCGACCAUUGCACUAUCAAGUGCUAUUGCAACUUGCAAAUUUUUUGCUUUGUCAUCGCCCAAAUAGACCUCAACUAUUUUUAUGGUCACACCUACAAGGCAAACUGGGUCCCUCCCCGACUCCUUCAAAUCUUGAGAGGAGUGUCGUCAGUAACCAUCUUUCUGGUGUCUUCCCUACCUUCGCACCAGUUGGUGAUACCACAGAGGAGCGUCUUUCUUCAGGGGUUCAGAUUGGUCCUGCGAAGGGAGUCCUACGCCACUGGGCAAAGCUUCUUCUUGAGAGCAAACCUGAUAAUCCGUUACUUUUCAUGUGGGCAAAGCUCGAGGCUAAAUUAAGCAAGGAGUUAACUGGGACACUCCCAGCGAGCCCGAUACUCUCCUUUUCAUCAGAUGAUCCCACCAAGGUUGCACUAUUGCGAGAUGUAGCGCGCAGCAGCCCAAUUUAUAGCCUUUUGCGUAAUUUUGUGGAUCUCUUGUUUGAUAAGAAACCGGAAGUGCCUGAGUUAUGGAUGCUGGAUCACCUCAUCAGUAAAACAAAAACAGGUGGGACAGCGUCAGGACGUUCUUCUGUUGUCUUGUUUCGACCUUUAAGUGAAUUGACAGCUGAUGGAAGUCGUGUAUCAGAUUAUGUAGAGAGUGAUGCAGACGGUGAAGUGGCACGACUCACAUCGACAGUUCAAAUGCAGUUGAGAGAUCGUUCUGUUUGUUCUUUAAGAGGAGAGAAUAAAAUGAAUCCCCAGACAAAAGAUGCAACCACACAAACAGACCUUAUCCCUCAAACGAGGGAAGUAUUAAAAUUAUCUACUGUAGCAAAUGUUUCACCUAAAAAGAGUGCAUCACCACUCCGUUAUUCACAGUUGCUGCAAGAACGCUCACCACGUGAGUUAUUACAGUUACCGCAUGAUAGUUCUUCAGUCUUACUUCAUCGUUCUCGUUAUCAACGUAAUAUCAUGAUGUCGGAUUCGAAGUCUUCUUUUUUGUCUCCUCUUCACUCUGAGAAGUACAAGAAUUUCUCCAAUUUAUUACAUGACACUGGCAGCAAUUUGCCCCCAAGCCAGAGACGUCACUCCUACAGCUACGAUCGCUCCCCUGUGUUUAGAGAGGAAAGUAACUCAGGAAACAGAGCGUAUAGCCAAGAAGGAUCUAGUGGAAUAGGUGUAUUAUAUGGUGAACUAGGGCCAAUGCCACCACGUGAAGACCCUCUAUCACCUCCACCAGUAACUGCAGGAAAUCCUGCCCCUGUUAGUGGGAUACAAGACCUGCAAUACGCAGUAAGACAGAGAGAGACGGAACGGGCAGAAACACUCUAUGAGUACAACUGGCUUUUACAACGUGAAACGUUGCGUAAUGAGCAACUACAGAAGGAAGUUGCACUUCUCAGACAGGAAAGAGAGUUUCGUGAGAGAAUGGCUCAACGGGAUCCCUCUGCAGAAGUGAAAUUAGCUGUUCAAGUUGCCGCGCGUGCUCAAGCUGAGGCGGAGGCGCGCCUAGCAGCUCUCAAUCAACAGGGUCUGUCACGUCCAGUGGAAAGAAUGGGCUUAUUACAACCGCCCACAGAGUUGGAUGUCAUUCGCAAACGAUUGGAACUACUAAGUAUGGAAGAGGCCCGACUUCGCUAUUUGACACUAUCGACAGAGGGUUCCACGAGAGAGGGAAGCGGUAAUCGUGUACAUGAUUUAUACAAUCCCUCCAGCUACGACAGUCCUACAGUUCGAAGAACAGGCGAACGGGUAGGCAUUCCACCCCAAUUUACACCUGUCCUGAGAGUAUCUCAGAGUCGUCACCAAUAA